AUGCAAUCGAGUAAUAUGUCACUCCGAACUCUCUUCCGCGGUGCGAUACACGUCAUCCGAUUCUUUCAGAUGGCAAACCUCUCAUUUACCACGUAUACAAUAUGUUACGCGGCAUGGCUACGAAGUCAGGAGUACCGCAACGUUAUAAAGUAUCAUGACGUGUCGAAUCAAACAUUCCUUGACAUGAAGGAAGCCGCUAUGAUCAUAGCAGUUAGUAACUGUUGCGCUGCCCUGGGUAUCGAGGUCUUCAUCAACUCAGACUUUAACAAACCAUCGGAUCCACGUUUGUCGAUAAUGAGCCUUGCUGCUUACUCAAUGGGUCUCUGCUUCUACGCCACCAUGCCGGCGGCUCGACAAUACUUGACGCAUAAUGGUGUGUUAACGGACCCUGGUAACUAUGUCGACUUUUCAAAACUCGACACUGCGUUAUGGCGGACCUCAUUGGCGUAUGGGAUGGUUACGUGGUACGUGUCUCUGUUUCUGGGUGACAUGGGGGUCAAAACUUCUGACUAUUGCUGUUCAGGGCCUCGAGCGUGGUGUUCGUACUGUCCACAGUUGUGGAUCGAGCAGAAAGAGCCAUUUUACAGAAGUCUGGCAUAA